UGUUUUCAGGGGUUGUUCUGUCCCUGGGUAUUACACAUCAUUAGCACUAGGAGACUGGAAUAAACACUCCUUUAUUGAUAUGCGGUCAUUAAAAUUUAAAUAAAAAAACAACAUUGUUUCACAUAGGAACCAAUUUAAGAACACCAAGAGAGAGGAACACCCGGAAUUUAAAACUGGUACACACGCCGGAGAGAGGCAGGAUGGAAGUGAAGGAUACGAACACGGCAAUGCUCAGCAAUUAUGAGGUGUUUCAGCUGCUGACGGACCUGAAAGAGCAGAGGAAGGAAGGGCUGAGGAAUAAGAACAGCACUGGACAGCAGAAUCUGAACACCAUCAUGUAUGAGACUCUGAAGUAUCUGUCUAAGACGCCAUGUAAACUCCAAUCCCCAGAGAUAGUGAGAGACUUUCUCACUGAGAUGAUUCCACACAAGCUCACAAAGGCUGAAAAACUUCAACUACUGAACCACAGACCCCAAACUGCUGUCGAGAUCCAGCUGAUGGUGGAGGAGAGCGAGGAGAGGCUGACAGAGGAGCAGAUUGAGGAGCUCCUGCAGACAGUGAUGGAGAAGCUCCCAGGAGACCCAGAGGAGGAGAAGGCAGCCCAGGAGCAGGGGGACGCAGAGGGGAUGGAGGAGGAGGAGGAGGAGGAGGAAGAAGGGGGGCAGUAGGCUCCUGCAGUGAGUAAACAACCAUCCUGGGAGUAGAGAAGCGUGGAAGGGGUCAGGUGUGGAAUCAGACUCACUGGAGGCAUUGAGGACUUUGGGGGUGAAGCUCUGCAUUGCUUGAGCAGGUGCAGGAUUGUACCCUGGAUUUUAUCACAGGAAAAUAACCCUGUGUUCUUGUAGCCCAAAACAAGCGCCACCCUUGCAGAUCCCUAUCCUAUCACCUGAUUGAACACAUGUUUUACAUUAAGACUAUUCCCCGGGACUUUGCUGGAAGGGGACAUUCAGCUGAAAAUAGUGAUAUGACAGACAAGUCCUAUUUCCAGAGUGGGGAGUAAAAUGAUUUCAGCACUAGAAAUGAACAGCUCGGAAUGCUUCUCUCUGCUUUAUCACUUGUGGUUUUAACUAUUUUGUUUUGAACUUCUGCAAAGAAUGAUGCAAGCUUAAUAAAUCCAGUUGAAACGUA